AUGGUUGACGCUGCCUGUCGCAUUGCCGGAAAAGAUGAGAUCUACAUCUUCGCCGGCCGGCAUUAUGGUCGGGUCAGGUUUAGCAAAGGAGGCCCCGAGCACAGUCUUGCUGCAGGCCCGACCCUCUUAAGCAAGGGCUGGAACACUCUGCCUAAGAUGGGAUUUGGUACAGUGGACACGGUUGUGCCUGUGCCUGGCCACGAUGACCAACUCUACGUUUUCUUCGGAGGCCGGUAUGCCAAAAUCAAGCUUGAAAACUACGAUGAUAGCUUUGUCAAUGAUGGAGCCCGUCCCAUUGCCUCUGGAUGGAAAUCGCUCGUUCAGGCGGGCUUUGACACGGUAGAUGCAGCAAUGCUCACUCCCGGAACAAAGAAUGAGAUGUACUUUUUCCGCGGCUUGCACUAUGUUCGCUUGGACAAUAGUACCGACAAGAUCGUCAAUAAGGUCGCACCUAUCGCAGAGGGCUGGCCAAGUCUUGUCCAGGCUGGCUUUGAUUGUGUUGAUGCCAUUGUUCCGAACCUGAGUGGUCAGGAUCUCUACUAUGUCUUUAAUGGUGAUCAAUUCGCGGUGAUCAAAGUGGAUAGUUCCCGGAGGGAUACCCUCGUCUCACCCCCGAAGACAAUCAGCUCGUCGUGGCAGGCCUUGGAAAAAUGGGUUUAG